AUGUCUCCCACGUGGUUCGUAGCAUUCCUCGAUUGCUUCAUCUUCCUUACAUGUCUCAUCCUUACUGACACAAUGAUAGACUACUGUAUGGCACCAAAGGGUGUUAGUAUCCCUGUUAAUGGGAUUGUAUUUUGGGUUCAUCUACUGUUCAUACUUCCGGGGGAUCACGAAGGUCAAGGUUGCCUUGUCGCCUGGUACUUAUCUGUCUACGACGACAUCCAUAGUAGUAGUAAUGUACACGUCAAUGGACGAGUAGAAGUGGCUGGCCACCGCGAUUCAACCUCGGAUAUAGAGCAAGAAGGCGGAUGUGCACGGAAGGGAGGACACAGACACAGACAUAGUCCAAGCAAUCAGAAGCAAGAAUUAAAAGAGAUUAUUGACAAGCGGUCGAAGUCAGUUCAUCGUGCACGACCACUUGGGGCCGCACUCCCAUGGAUUGUCAACCCAAUUGAUUACCAACGGGAACCAGCGGAUAAAAAAGAGGCACGGCCAUUUAUUCUGAUGACCGGACACAGAACCAAAGUCAGAGAGCGGAUCUUUUGGGGGAGGGACCCGCAUCAACUCCGAGGGGAAUGUGUCUUCUUUGCUGCAUGGGACUGGAGCCUCGUGUGUGAGACAUUAAGGAGGGGGGGGAAGGAUUAUUCCUCCGUUGGUCUCGACAAAAACAAGGCGCGAAUAAGAAGGAGAGAAGAAGGGAAUAACUCGUCUUCCCCCUUAAUCGAUUGGCGGCGGCUCCACCCUUUUUCUGGCAUCGCCAAACCCGCGCGUCUCCGUCCACGCCAUCACCAACUCACCUCUGCAUAUCCCCGUCUUCGAAUCAUCGUCGCCACUGGUCUCGUCACUCUUUUCUUCUGGGCCCAAACUGAGCUGGUCUCUCCGAUCCUAAUCAUCCCACCCUCCCACCCAACUUUCCCUCGCCCUGGGCUCCCCUCAGCCGUUUUGAGGCCCUGCAUUCCCUUCCUCACUCUUUUGUCAGACCUUUCCCCCGGUGUCCUCUCUGCCACGGUGCUCCGACAUACACCUACUGAUUCAUUCACUGCACCUCCGCAACUGUCCAUCCGGUGA